AUACAACGACGCGACGACAACAACGCGUCGUGAAGGUCGAGCCCACGUGACGCGACGCUUAGCCGGCUGCCCGGCGGCUACCAAAUAUUGUGACCGCGCGAUUCGUUCGCGAGACGCUAGACGCGAGACGCUAGACGUGAGACGCGUGUCGAAGACAACGCAUCGCGGCGACGUUAUCGAGUUGUCGGCGAUCCUUUGGUUCUCCCAAUCGAACUCGCGCGCGCGCGCGCGCGCACGCACGGGAGACGAGUGGUCGCUCUAUGGCUAAUUUGUUGGCAGUCUUGACACAGCAGGGGCUCAAAGGAAGAGAAGUGCCGUUCGCGCGUGAAGCGAAGAAGUGAUAGCGUCGACGCGGUUGGGUGACAUCUAAAUGGUCCACGAAUUUCGAGCUUGCGAAGUAAGAAAGGACACGGGGACGCGGACGAGCUGAAGCCGACGAAGAUGAAAAUGGCACCCGCAGGGACACCCUCGUCAAACGGAGGUCUGCCACCGUCUGCAGGGCCCACCUUGACCGGCACGUCGUUUACCAAUUCCAAAAGGACCUGGUGCAGGAGAGUGGCCCCCUGCUUGGCCUUUCUUGCCGCCUUUACCACCGCCAUGGUUCUGCUCCUCGUUUGGAGCGAGGCCGCGGCUUUGAGGAGACAGGCGUUCGACGCGAACAUGACCAGGGACUACGUGCUCGACAGCGUCUCGAUGGACAAUCCGCAACUGGUCGCGUACAUACGGCAGGUGCACCUGAAGCCGACGACCCACCAGGACCCGUUGAACGCCAACCAGAAGUCGGAGGAGAAGUACGUGGCCACGCUGUCGCAGGGCAAGCGCGAGGGCAUCUACGCGGAGUACAUCAGCAGGAUAGGCGCGGUUUCCAGCACCGCCUGGCUGGAGUUCAAUCUAGGGUGGCGAGGUGUCCUGAUACUCACCGAGCCCAAGAGCUUCUUCGAGGCGCAGCGUAGCACCAGAAACCCGCGGUCAAGGGUUCUUCACGCUUGUCUCAGUACAGACACGGAUACCAAAGAGAUAAAGUACCACCAGGAAUCGGAGGUCCAGGUCACAAAGCUGGGCGACGGUCCCAACAGCCUCGUGUCGUCGGACGACGGUUUUCCUACCACUAGACUCAAGUGCUUUCCUCUCUACAGCGUACUGUUGGCGUACAACGCCACGACCUUGGAUUACCUGAGUCUGGACAGUCCCGACGCUCCCGACGGCCAGGUACUCGACACCAUCCCAUGGGACAUCGUAAGAAUAUCGAUACUCUCGAUACGGUGGAGUCCCCAUCACAGCGAGGCGGAAACAAAGAGCUUCAUCGACAAGAUGACCAGCCGAAGUUACAAGCUUGUGCACACGACGGACACCGGAAAGUCGAUUUUCCUGUACGAUACUCUCCAUAAGAUUUGACCAUUGACUCAGGUUACAGACUGGUCUGCGCCCGCACGCAGGAUAUAUGUAAAGUAAUUUAAGCGACUCGAGUAAACCCACCCCACCGCACCUUCGAUCCGUUCUUCAUAUUUUAUUUCGCCGCCUAGAGAUAUUUCUCCCGGCCGGAAGCGCGACCUUCCGUUCGGCUACGCGCAAGGGACGACUUCGUCGCCGCAGUCCGGGCCGCCGGAAGUAAUCGAUCGCGAAACUCGUUCUCCGCCGAAUUCACGAGUUUGUUAUUAGUGUCCUUGCCGCUGGGCACGCCCGACGUCCUCAGGCGUGUGAAGCUCGUUGCUCCCGCGAUUUACAGAACGAUGUUUACCCGCGAUAACGAGUCCAUCGAUAACAAUUGUCGGACGAAUCUCGGAGGGUCUGACGAAUUCGAGAAUUUGUCGAGAGCGCCAACGAUUGUACUUUGGCCGUUUUUAAGCUGAGAGUCGAAGCCGUUAGUCGCCAUGGACUUAAGGCUUUCGCUUCUCGGAAUGCUCGAGGAGCCCCAAGUUUCGACUCAAAGUUGGGAACGUUGGGGUCAAAUUUCGAAGAGUCCGCAGCUUCAAGUCGCGAUUUCCAACUUGAGAUUUGAGGCUUUCAAGUGUCCCGCCCUCUCGCGCGACUUAAAAUCGCACAAGAGCCGAAAACACUUCCAAGUUCCUACGUGUGCGGUUUUCCUCGUGAGACAUCCUCUGCCUCUGGAGGACCGGAUUGCAAUUACGAAUCCGCGGACUUGAAUUCCGCCGAACUCGAGAAAUUGAGAAAGAUUACCCUCCCCCGCGCAUUCUCGCUGUCGCUAAUUAAUACGGGGUGCAACGAUUUUCUUCAUCCACGCGGGCAAAAUAUAGUGACGUUCUGAACGCACGUACAUUUUGCGCGUCGUAUAUGGCGGAAACACGCGCGAGUCCUUAAAAUCCGUCUCGGGUAUACGUGACUUUCGUAUCUGCGUCUUGUCGCGAGACGUGCCGCGAUUUCUCUCGCUUUCUCGUUUUCAGCCGCGAUCUUUCGCGCAUCGACGACUGCCGACGAGCCAGACGGAGCGUUCUCUUAAAAUUUUUUCCGCUCGCGCGAACGACGCUGCACCAAGACCUCACCCGUCGGCCCUCCUGCGACGUCUCGUUUUUUUCCGUCAACGACUUCGACUCGAAGAUGCGACACGUAAUACUCCACUUAUUUCGCGAAGGAUUAACGAAUGAUUCACGCCGGUGAUUAUUACAGAUAUAGUUGUUUAAGUAUUUACACAAUAAAAAAAAAGCAAGAGGAAUGUUCAGCUUGGAAAGUAGUCGAGAUUCAAGACACACGCACGACAGUUUAUGUCAAUUCCCGUUUGAUUUCGCACCGAAACCCAUCCGUUCGCACGGCGAGACUGGUUCAAGACUACUGAUCGUCGGUCUUCAGUUCUGCGCCCUUAUCAUUUCUCCGUUUCCAUACCAAUGGGAACCCUAGUAGCACAGUGCGGGGACCAAACGUUCGCUAAACAUUGGCCCAACACAACCAAAUAUUUAACCAACGCUUGGUCCACGCACUGUGCUGCAUAGGGAAAGGACGCAAUGUCAAAUUUAAUUUAGCAAACGUCGAGCCGAACAAGCGAAAUAACCGACGCUUUCGUGCGAACAUUUAAAGUUCAUUUCUGCCCGCCCGCCCGCGCACGUCGCAGUUUGCUCAGGUGAAACUUAAGCUUUACGUUGGAAGAAGAGGAAAAAAUCAGGGCCGCGGGCUCGUGUAGCGGAAAGCGAGAAAUUAAUUUCUCCCGUACCUGAGCUAAAUAACGCCUCGUUUAAUCCUGUCUCCGCAAUGACUUCCCCUCCCCCUCGCGAGGAUAUGCGAGACACGGCGCGGGAAUCGCGUCGGAUAUAUUUAAAGCUCCCGAAGUUUCGCGGAUCCGGAGAUUAUGGAGGAGCGGAUUUUCGCCGAACGUGGACUCCGAGACUCUCAGGAUUGACACGAGGAUCCGAUAAUUCGUGUGAUUCGAAGGACCGGUCGCUUAAUGGUCCGAGAAAACCCACUCGAAAGUCCGGUCGCGAUAAAUCCCCGCCCGGAGAGCGAACCGAGAGGAUUUCCAAGUGUCCGCGCGUCGUCCGAACUCCUUCCGAGAGCCGACACCAAAAAAGAAAAGGCGAGACGAGACCCCCGUCUCUCGUACGAUUUUACAGUAGCACCGUUUUUUUUUGUUUUUUUUUGUUAAUAACUUAGGGCACAAGCUACUGACCGAGCGUUUUACGCAGGACGCGCCGAUUUUAUUAUUUAAGGUAAAGUGAACGCGCGUCCGGACGUCGCCGGCCGCGCGCGCGUCGACGCGCGCUAUCGCGUGUGAUAAGCGAGCGAGCCGAACCGAGGUAUUCUCCCGCAUUCACGCCGCGCGUUCACAACUAGAAGGAGCGACCGUCCGAAUCUCAUGUACAUUUGCACCGAGCACAACUCACUCUUCUCCUCGCGUGUCGCGUCCACGUCGAUCGGGCGAAUCAAAUUGCGACGGACGGGGAGCGAUGGAUCCGCGAUCAGUUUGGUCCACGCGAUCGAUCGGAAUUCGAAAACGGCACGCCCGCUGCUUAGUGCUACACACGUGCGACGUAGAAUUGGGAACGUAAAUACCUAAAGCACAGGCCUUAUUAGCGCGUAAGGUGAUACUUUAAAGCAUAAGGUAGUGAUAAGCAACACCGAGCCGCGCGAGUGAUCCUCGCGUGUUAAAUUAUAUCUUCGCUCGCGUUGUGUUCUGUACAAUUAGAUUCUCCUUUCCGUCUUAAGUUAGUCGUAACUUAUAAACGAUCCGUCUCUAAAAUUCUUAGGGAUGAGAAACUAGAUUAUGUUUUUUUUUUUAUUGAUAACGCACCAACUUUUGCGCGAAAGUGUUCUUCGAAAGGAAGAUUAUUUUGCCUUCUGAAAUUCGUCCGACGUCGCCCCGCGAGAAGUUUUCGUUUGCCGAGAGAACCGCGUAAUUCGCGAAUCCGAAGAUUCCCGAAGAUAUAACGCGAAGCUCGAGGAAUUAUCGUGCGAAACGCGCGCGCACGUAAAAAAAAAGGAUAAGGACCACGUGCACCGAGAUAUCGCCUUUGUGUUAUUUCAGUUACGCGAUAAUUCCGAGCCAGCGCGAGGAUCGCUUGCAUUCGCGACGUCUGUUUAACGCUAAAAUAUGAUAAUCCGUAAUUAUGAUAAUCUAAGCGAUACUCCACAAUUCUUCGUUCCUAGUGGAUUUAAAUUGCACAUUGGAUAAUCAACAGUGAAGAUGAAGGUGCCUUUAGCGUUAAACGCACGUCGCGAAAGUGGGCCUCUGACUUGAAGUUGACGCGUUAUUGCGAUUAUAUGGUUCAUUAGGAACGUUCAGCACGACAGAUACUUAAUAAUGCGAUUUCCUUUACAUCGAUCAUAGUUGCGACGGUCAUCACAUUAUUCCCAUUGUUAAUCGCGUCAGCGCGCAGCGUGUUUCGCGAAGCGCAGUAGUCGUGAAGCGAACAGUCGAAUCUUCUUCCGGUCAUCGAAUCUCUGGAAUUGACAGAAUUUCGAAAUUUUACGAGGAUCACUCAAGAAUCCAAGAUUUCCAUCCAAGAUUCGCAAAUUGUUUUCAGGGACGGUGAAAGUUUUUGCGCCUGGCAUCAAAAUUGCAGUUUCAGAGUCUCAUUCGCCUCGCUAUUUAUUUUUCCGUACAGAUGAAACGUUAUUAUUUACGAAAGUCUUCAUAUUAGCGUAAUAACUUUAAGUUUUAAUAUAACGAUUAGUUAAUUGAACAAAGUAUUGAAAUAAUAGACGACUCUUCUAUGAAUAAAUAACAAUGCAAUGAGAUUCGGGAUACAAUGUGAUUCUGGGAGCGGAAAUUUCACCGCGCCUGAACAAACGUGAGCAUUUAUUUGGGACCGCAGUCUAAAUAUGCAGGGAAAUCACCCGUGCUUGGCGGGUAAAUUUUGGGCUCGGCAAAAUUGUUAUUCAAUUAUUACGCACUCGCGGAUGCGCACUUACGUGAGAUUCGGCUGCGCGCGGCUGCGCGAUUUCAUUUUGUAAGUCCUUCAUUACUCGUACGGAUAAUCCGCUUUUCCUUUACCGGAAACCAUUCCAUGACUAGCAAUUCGCGUAUUUCUCUCUUCCUCUCGCCAGUGCCUGUACGCAGCAACGACUUCAUCGUAGUACCUAUGCAUUUUUCGAGAGAUUUUUUUUUCACGUUUGUGUUUAUAUAUACAUAUAUUUUUUUUACAGCGUAUUGUAAUUCGCAGGUUUCACGUGACGAAUGAGGUUCUUAGCAAAAUGGCUGCCUUGUACGCUUGAGGCGCAAAACGGUUGUGCGUUACCCUGAGGCAAAGAUUUUAGACAUAAAGUACCGUCUUAAGAGUACAAUACAGCCAUUCCGCUCAGGACCUAAGCUGCUCGCAUUUCUAUCCUGCGAGGAGCAGCCAAUUCCCUUUCGAAAGAGCAAUAAAUUUGGAUAUUAUAUUUUGAA